AUGGGAGCCUUGGGGAUCUCCAUCAUCAUCACCCUCCUUUUCCUGGGAGCAGCAGGUCAGUUCCAGCUAUCCGGGACUUAGGGCUGUCUCUACCAUUAGGUAGAGCCAGACGACCGCCUCAGGCAACAGAAUGUUGGGGGCCGGGAAUGGCAGCAAGGUGUGGAAGGGCAGAGCUGUAUGUGCCACAUCCUACGACCUGCUCUAGGUUGUCCUCAGUUAAUGAGGUAUGGUGGAGGACAGUGUCCUGUGGCCAGCACAGAAGUAACGCUCAACCGCCAUUUUGGUUGUAUUUUUGUUGUGGAAAAUCUUGUCCUUUGCCCCAGGCAGAAAAAGUCUUGUUCAGGCCUUGGUCACUCCUUACUGACAAUAAUCUCUUUUUUGGUUGGCUGUUUCUGAUAAAUCCCUGUCCUUUAGGAUUGCCAUAUUUCAAAAAGUAAAAACCAGGACACCCUAAAAGUUGUUAUUGUUGUUUGGUUUUAUAUGUACCCUGCCCAUCUGACUGCAUUGCCCCAGCUACACUGGGCAACUUCCGACAAAUUUGAAACCACAGUAAAACAUCAAACAUUAAAAACAUCCCUGUACAGGGCUCCUUCAGAUGUCUUCUAAAGGUCACAUAGUUGCUUAUUUGCUUGACAUCUGAUGGGAGGGAGUUCCACAGGGUGGGUGUCACUACUGAGAAGGCCCUGUAACCUCACUUCUCGCAAUGAGGGAACUGCUAGAAGGCCCUCAGAGCUGGAUCUCAGUGUCCGGGAUGAAUGGUCAAGAAACUAGCUGUCAUGUCUCCUGCACUAGCUAUAGUUUCUGAACGGUCUUCAAGGUAGCCUUACACAUAGCACAUUGCAGUAGUCUAACAGACUAGUCUAACUAGACUUAAGACUUCAGCUCUCUUUCCAAGAUCUCUAGUCAUUUCCAAGUGACGAGUGGAUGCAUCUAGUCUCUAGCACACUUUCACAUGCACAAACACUAGAGGCCCAAUGCAGCCUACCAUUUCAGAUGUUGCAGCUCCGGAAAUGUAUUUUGACAAGUUGAGAUUGUUUUGUAAAAGGAGGAGGUUCAGUGAGGUGUGGGGCAAGGGCAGCUGGCAGAGAGAUAAGCAGGGCUGGCAAGCAAAGCGAGCAGGGCUGGCAGCACCUAGUGAAUUGUAUAGUCAAAGGGUCAAAUAGGUAAAAAAACAUGUCUUUUGCAGACAGGGAAUACAGCAGUAACUUGAUCAAAGGGGAUUAUUUCAUUUUCACAGAUGUGCAGCAGCAGCAACAUACACACCUCUCUACCGAACCAUGUCUCUAUCUCACACACAUGGUCCCCGUUUUCUCUGGAUUGUCUUGGUAUUGGCUCACCUCCUUUCCCCCUUUCUCACAGGGUCUGCUGGUGAUAGUUUUGAUCUCACAGAUGCCUUGGCUGACCCAGAAACCCCCCAGAGCAACCAGCAAUUAGGACGUGAGUAGGGACUGUACAGAAGAAUGUCAGUUGUUGUUGUUUCCUCGAAAGAGAAGAUUUUGCUGCUUUAACAGCCGUGGGCUUCCCCAACAAAUAAACCUGGAAACUGUAGUUCCCCAUCUUUUACUCAAUAGACUCAAGAUAUUAACACCCUGGCCACUUUAAAUUACUUUUGAUAAACAUCAGUUUCAAUUGGAUACGUACUGGGGACAUUUGGAUAGCAUCUAUCAAUUUGUAUGUGUAAAUUAAGAUGAAUGUAGUGGUGCUUAUUGUAUAGUUAAUGUGAGCUGACAGUGGUGUUUUAUUUUCCCCUUUCCUCCCCCCCCCCAUUUCUAUCCUUCCUCCCCACUUUUUUAUAACUUUGCAAUACAGAUAAAAUAAAUAAAUACUAUAUCCUAUGGAACUAGCAGAAAUUGAAGAGGUCAAGGUUCUUCUACCAUGGAGUAUAAUUAUCAUGUAGCCGUGAUUAAAUGCAUGGGACCUGUAAGAGGUGGGGGUGGGAAAGAAAGGUGGCAACUUUAUGCAGAAAAUUAAACUGCCACUGAGUUGAGGAGUCUUCAGAAUGAAAAGGAAUGGUUUUGACUUGGGAUGAGCCUUUCUGGCUUGCUUUCGCCCUACCCAGAAUGUCAGAAUGAGGCCCGGGACAUUGUCUUCCUGAUGGAUGGUUCAUCCAGCAUGCGGGCAUCAGAAUUCAUGCAACUGAAGGUGUUCAUUGCACUUGUAAUGAAAAGCAUUCCCCAUAAUGCGCAGGUCAGUAGGGGAGAUGGGCAAGAGGGCAUGGUGUCAGCUCCCAGAGUUGGUUUAAAUGUUGGAAGAUUCAAGACAAACGCUAGGAUUCUUGCAAUUUUCAUGUGCCUUGCUGCCGGGCACAUACAGCUGGGGUAAAAGAGUAGGAUUUGGGGGUGGGAGAGCAGGCUGCACGGAACCUCAGCAUAACCCCUUGUUCCUGAUCAAUUGAUUGGGGUUUGGCUGAAAAGCACAAGGGCUCAAUCCUCCAAGUCCCUUGGGAAGCCAUUGCUCUGACCUUGCACACUCCACUCCACUUGGAGGGUGUAGGAGUUAAUAAUAAAGGAUGUGGUGGCUGCAUUACUGGAUACUUUGGGGUUACUGUUCAAGGGCAGCAAAUUGUCAAAUAUUUAGUUAAUUAUUAUACACAUAUCACCAUAAGGGGUUCCUAUUUGGGUUUUUGGCCUGAGGCAGCAAAGCGCCUGUCUCUAUUUAACAAGAACAGUAACCAGACCUGAACUGGGGAAAACGAUGAAUGUAAUCCAAAAUGGGAAGAAGGCAGCUGGGUAGCCACUGGCCCCCAAACAAAUUGAUCCUGGCAGCUGUUAGCUGAUUUAAGAAUCAAGCUGCUCCUCCUGUCUGACACACCUGCUUAAAUAUAAAUAUCAGAGGUUAAGAAGAGCCCUGCCUGGUCAGGCUAAUGGCCCGUCGAGUUUCUCGCAUUCAGAGGCAUACUGCCUCCGACAGUGGACAGUACAGCAUAGCCAUUGUGGCUAGUAGCCGUGUCCUCAUUAAUCUCUCUCUGUUCUCAGUUUGCCCUCCUGCAGUUCUCUAACCGCUUUGAAGAGCAUUUUGACUUCAGACGCUUCAGCAGAGACCGGGAUGCCGACCUCUUGAUCGGUGGAAUCAAACAGCUGGGAGGCGGCUCCCAUACGGCCUCCGGGAUCAGAAAAGUGGUGUGGGUAUCUUUGCUCCCGUUCUCUCCCCCUCCUUCCCUGCCUCCUCUUUUUUUCCCCUGCUGGUGCAGAAAUUCAAACAGUGCUUUUUCUACCAUGGAGAUGCAGCAAUAGUGAAACGCAGAAUGCCUGUUGAGCCUGGGAAAGUGGGAACUUGGGCCUUCGUAGCUGUUAUUUGCCACACUCACCGCCAGCCUUUCUCUCCCCUUCCGCUUUUAGGAAAGAACUAUUCACCACACAAAAAGGAGCUCGCCCCACAGCCAAGAAGUUCCUUGUGAUAGUGACAGACGGGGAAAAAACAGGGGACCCUCUGGAGUAUGCAGACGUCGUUGAAGAGGCCAACAGAGCUGGAAUCACACGCAUUGCGGUUGGGGUGAGAGCAAAGUUACCUGCCUAUGUUACUUAUUUAAGUUGCAUGUUUCAAGGGCCAACCCUUCAGCUAAACUGGAACUCGGGGGGGCAGCUUACAGUGACAGUACAAAAGCAUCAAAACCUCAGGCUGGUGUACAAAACUAAAACCAGCAGCAGACUAAAUGGGCAACUAGAACAGAUCAGCAACCAUUAAUACUAAAAGCUGCAUGUUCCCCACCUCUUGCUUUACCUCAUCUCUAAAAUGGGAAUAACUGUGGACCUAAUGCCGUGCGCCUUCUGGGGUAGUUUGUCCACCUUUGGUCCCCACUCUGCACUCAGCUCUCACCUGUGGCUCCUAGAAGCUGUCAGCAUGAGGCAGCAGCCACACCCCAGGAAAUGGCUUUGACUGGCCAGAGAAGAAAAAGCUAACGAGUUAACCCUACACAAAUUCAGAGUGGAAUCUCCAAGAUGGUUAGAGGCCUUGUACGCCUCCCUCCAGCAACUCCUGCAGCCAAGCUAGUGCCAAAGGUAUUGCUCUGCUUUCCUUUGGCCACGUCAGUGAGGCCGAGAGGGAGGCCUUGUUGUCUGGGCAGCCCAGGACCUCCAGACACACUGCCCAGGCUUGCGCCCCAGGGAGGUCACUUCGGUGCUGCUAUUGCUGCAGUUUGACUUCACCUCCAGAGGUGUGCUCCAUUGUUUCUCAAGGCAGAUGGGUGCCAGCAGGAAUGGAUUAAAACAUACCCCAAAACCAUAAAGCAUUUUUGCCAGAAUUCAGAGUGAUCAAGCUAACCUAUCCACCCCUGUGUUGUAUAUGAGAAAAGGCUCAUACGUGGUCCUUGGAGGGAGUUGGGGCUUCACCUUCCUCCAGCACAGACCUCUCAAGGUGUGCCCAGGUUGCAGGUGUAGACUAAUCAUUAACUCACCCCAAACCCACAGAGCCUCUGUCUGGGAGAGACUGAUACGCAACUAGCAGUUUUUGCAAACUGGGCAGGUCCCAAUGGCCACCACAAUUGGUUUCCAGGUGGCUUUGUGGUCGGCAGCACACCUAUUACCUGAGUCCUCUGUGUGGCGUUUCCCCUCAGCUCUCCUCUCCCUGUUUACUUGAGGCUGUCCCCAUUUUCUGAGACCUCUCUUUGGUAUAAAAGAGCCCACGAGCUCCCCGGGCAGAAGGCCACAGGAAACACACUUUCUCUGGGGCCUUGCUUGUAAGCAGCCAUCCCUGAACCCUAAAGGGCACCAUGCAGUGAGCACCCCACCCUUUGGGAAGUGCAGGGUCAUAUUUUGAACAUGACAGCAUGCGGAUAGACAAUUAUGGUUUUCUAGUGCGUCUUUAAACAAAACCACAAACACCGUCUUAGCUUUUAAGUCAGCAGAGUAAAUGAAUGUGGCAGAUUAAACGACUACAGCACCCAGCAGGCUUGGCAGAGCCUUCUGCAGGGGCCCAAGGAGGGAGAGAGACGCAGGAAGUGAUGCACAUUGGGGCAUUACAACCACCCACCUAUUUCCAUCUGUGGAAGGUUGGAGGCGAUGCGUUCUGGGCCGUGCUGUCCACUCCUUGCCGUGUCACUGGGGGAAAGACCUGAGCUUUGGUGAACCCCGCUGUUCCUCUCUUGUCUGCCUCUCACCACAUCCAAAGUGCAACACAAACUGCCUCUUGGUGACUUUUGUUUCCCCUGGAAGGUUGGCCUGGGAUUCACAAGUACAACUGCCCAGCGCGAGCUCCAUGCCAUGGCCUCCCACCCGCCCACGGAGCAUGUCAUUGUCGUGAGACACUUCUCAGGCCUCCGGGACUCCCAGGCGGAGCUGAAAGAAAAGAUUUGCACCAGCCACGGUACUAGGAUUAGGGGACUGAGGGGUGAGGGGGAAGGGGAAGGGGGGGAAGCAGCAACCUGUGAAUUUGGGAGGGGGGUCUGGAAAAGACCUUGUAUAUUCUGCAUUACUGUGCAUAUUGAUAUUUAUUUUUUAAAAGUACACAACGCCAUGUAAAUAAUUUUGUGUUUCUACAUUCCAUAACAAAUCUGUGGAACUCGCUGCCACAAGAUGGGGGUGAGGGCCACACUUAAGCACCUUCAAAAUGGAACUGAGAAAAUGCAAAGAGGAUUGAGGAUGAAUCGGUGCCAAUCGCUGUGGGAAAUGUUAAUUUUUUCAUGUUUUAUGGUGUUUUUAUAUUUUGCCAGUAGCCGCCCAGAGUGGCUGGAGCAACCCAGUCAGAUGGGUGGCAUAUAAACAAUAGAAUUAUUAUUAUAAUAAAUUAUUAUGGUAGCAAAGCAGAGUCUCCAUCAGCGGAGGCUGAUCCUGGUCCAUUAGGGCAAAUGGGCCACUGCCCCACAAACCUCUGCCUGCCGUCAGCCAGCCUCCAGUUGCCUGCCUGCUUACUUCCACCCAGUCCACUGCCUCUUCCUUAGUCUCAGUGUUGCACCUUGUAAGGAGGCAGGAGGAAGAGGAGGCAGGGGCAGAACUAGAAUUAGUUGGCUCUGCCUCUUAGUGGCUCUGGCUCCACUUACUGUUGGCCUCUCUGCCUUCCGUCCUGCCAGUUCCAAUGGGUACCACUCACCAUGCAUCUCCAUGUUGUAUGGGCAAAACACCACCAGGAGGAGGUGUGGGGUUGUUAGAAGAGAGAUUGCUUUCACAUCCUGCUUGGAAGUUUGCUGGAGGCAUGUGCUUGGCCACUGAGAGGAAGAAGGUGCUGGACUAAAUGGACCUUUGGCCUAAUCUGUAAGAAGUGUGUUAUAAUCUGAUCCUCACAAAAUUGCUCACCAUGCUAACCAUGCAAUGAAACCACAUACAAAGGAGAGAAGGGGCUUUAUCAAACAGCACAAACUUAUAAGUGGUCAUUUUUUUGUUUUUAAGCAGCCUUUCAUAGCUGCUAAUUAUAAUUAUAGAAUUAGAAUUAUACCCUGCCCAUCUGGUUGUGUUGCCCCAGCCACGCUGGGCAGGUUCCAACACAUAUAAAAGCAUACUGAAACAUCAAACUUUAAAAACUUUCCGAUACUGCGCUGCCUUCAGAUGUCUUCUAAAAAUUGUAUGGUUAUUUAUCUCCUUGACAUCUGAUGGGAGGGCAUUCCUAUGUAAGAAUGGCAGAAAUUCAGCCAUAUUGCAUCGCCUGCCCCAAGCAUGGAUUGGGAUUUUGAAAGCCGGUUACUUUUUGCUAUUGCUCCGCUGCUAAAAGACACAGCGGCCCUGACUUCUGAAGUCAGUGGGUGAAUCGGCCCUUAGUAGUCAUAUCUGGGAUUGUGAGGCAGGGCUUCUGGGUUCAGUGGAGGUGGGGCAGAAAAGGCUUCAACCCCAACACUUCUGAUUUUACAUAUUAAGCACUAGAAGAUGGCAGUCGACCGAGGAUGUGGCAACAACCACGUAAUGGGAAAUGGUGCUGUGUUUCUCUCUAGGUGCAGCUGCUCCACGGCCUACGGUGGUGCCCCAGCCCUUGAACACCUGCUCAGAUCCCCAGGUGCUGCAGAAACUGGAGCGAGUGCUGAGUGGCCUCGAUCAGGUGAACACCAAACUGAAUGCGCUGGCUGCCAAGCAGGGGAAAUGUGGCUAG